AUGAGUGAAAACAAGGAAGCUGUCAGCAUGGAACCAAGCUUAUACAUCACGCUCGAAGGGCACGGCUCGUACCUCAUUGAAUUUGUAUCCAGGAAUCAUGAGCAUAUUUCUUUUAAAGCUCAUAUUCGCGGGUUGGACCGCAUGAUAGUGAAGCCCAGACUGAUGUCCAUCCUGACGUCGCUUAACGGACGACACUCGACUUGCGAGCGUGCCCCGGUUGCAAAGUACGGAUACAAAAGGUUGCGAGGACUGUUCCUUGAAGAAGUUGUGGAAAGAUCCGGUUUUAGUGUUGUAUAA